CAGUCACAACAGCUCACAACAUUGUUGUAGGUCCUGCGCGAAACAAUAAUCUUCAAAAAUGACGACCGUCUUCGCCCGAAUAGUAAAGUUUUCAAUCGCCUACCCAGUUACCAGGGGAAUGGCUUCGUAUGCAGUAAUAUGGCCAACCGGAUGUCUAUUACAGCAAUUAGCUUUUGGAGAUGACAAAUUUGACUUCGCCAGGGCAGCUCGGUUUGGACUGUUUGGAGCAUUUUAUGUGGCCCCGACUUUAAAUGCAUGGCUAACUGUUGCACGUUACUUAUAUCCAAAGAAUGAUCUCCGUAGCGCAAUCAUAAAAGCACUUUUGGAGCAAGUAACGUACUCACCGUGCGCAAUGGUGAGCUUUUAUUUUGGUAUGUCUUUACUGGAAGGGAAGACGGUCGAGGAAGCAAAAAAAGAAGUAGAAAAAAAGUUUUUACCAACAUACCAGGUUGGUGUAGCAGUUUGGCCAUUACUGCAAGUGUUCAAUUAUACAAUGAUUCCAGAAAAAAAUAGGAUUCCAUUUGUUAGCUUAUGCAGUUUAGCUUGGAGUUCAUUUUUAGCUUACAUGAACCAUUGUAGUGUAAAAAAGGAUAACACAUUAACCAUCAAAUAAAGAAACAGAAUCAUUCCAAAAAAAAAUAAAAUAUAUAUAUAUUGUUAUAAAUAUAAAUUGUGUGUAUUGUGUAUAUUGUAUAUUAAA